AGUAGCAACCCAUACGCAAGAGGAAAGCUGAAUAAUUUGCUGGGUGAUCGAGCUUGAAGCAGUUCAGGCAAUAUUUUGGUUGAGAUGAUUAAUAGCGAAAAGGAAACUGAACUUGAAAAUGAACCCACUGAAGUCGCUCAUGUCAUUGAAAAAUGUUGCAAAUUUGAUAAUCAAAUUAAUUUGAUUAGCAAUGCAUAUCACUUGGUUCAUGGAGGUCCAAAGAAAUUGUUAGAUGAAUCUUCUAAUCUAACUGAAAUUGAGACCCCUAUGCAAAAUAGCCUGUUACACAUUGCAGCUUUGAAUGGUAAUGAGGACAUUGUUCCUUUUAUAAUUGAACGUGCUCCAAAACUUUUGUUUAAAUUUAACAAAAACCAGGACAGUGUAUUACAUGUUGCUGCAAGAAGUGGAUGCAUCUCAACCAUUAAAAAGCUCUUUGAAGGUUAUACUAAUUUUAAACGGCAUGAUAUAAAAAUAGCUUGGUUUAAUUACAAUAAAAAUGUUGAUUUGGAAGUUGCGUAUGAUGACAAGUCAAAUAUGGAGGAUCUAUUAACUUUUGUUCAAUUGAAGAAUGAUCAAGGCAACACUAUGUUUCAUGAGGCAAUGUUAUGUGACAAGAGAAAUAUUGAUGGGGAUACGAUUUUCCAAGUUUGUGAGCUUUUCAAAACAGAAGAUUCGUCCAAGAAGUCAUUGUCAAAUAGUUGUUAUGAUUAUGCACUAAAUACUGUUAAUCAUGAAAAGAAAACAGUACUUUAUCUUGCAGUCGAAAAUGGAAAGAAGGAUGUUGUUGAAGUAAUAUUAGAGAAGUGUCACAAGAAUGAUGAUAAGCCAGAGGGAUUAUCGCCUUUUAUUGCAGCAAUAAUGUUUCAUAACGAAGAAAUAUUGAGGAUCAUAAUAAAAAACAAGCCAACUUGGAUCCAUUCAAUGGAUAAACAUGACAGGUUUCCUCUUCAUUAUGCUGCAUCUAUAGGUUACCUUGAAGGUGUUGAUUUAUUACUUGAAUUGUGUAAAUGUUGCACAAUUAAAAGGGACAAAUAUGGUUAUUUCCCAGUCCAUCUAGCAUCUUAUGGAGGCCAUGUGGAAGUAGUGAAGAAGUUAUUACAAUAUUGUCCAGAUCCAACAGAGAUGCUUGACACUUCCCAUGAGCGUAAUAUUCUUCACAUUGCAGCAAAGCAUGAAAAAUAUGAGUUAGUAUGCUACAUAUUACAAAGUGAAAUUCCUGAACUUCAUAAGCUAAUAAAUCAACAAGAUAAAAAUGGAGAUACCGCUUUGCAUUUGGCCGCAAGAUCAUUGCAUCCCACAAUUGUAUACUACUUAGUUAACCAAAAUAACAAAAAGGUGGAUCUUGAUUUGGUUAACAAUAACAAGGAAACAGCUUUUGACAUUGUUAGUUCACUUUACCUGGUUGAUAGAUCGUCUUUGCGACAGCAUCUUACAUGGACUGCACUCAAAUCUGUGGGUGCAAAGCAAAGUUCAAAGAAAGCUACACUCCCUAUUGAAUCUAAACCAAGAAACACUGAUGAAGGUAAAGAAAAAGAAAAAUCUACAGAAAUAUACAAGGACAGAUUAGAAAACCUCACAAUUGUUUCAACCCUUAUAGUCACAACGUCAGUAGCCGCAUGUUUAGCCGUUCCAGGUGAAGCAGAAGGUGAAGCGCAUAACUUAAAACAUGCAAUGUUUCAAGUUUUUGUCAUCUUCAUCACAAUAUCAUUGUUCAGUUCCAUUAGUGCUACAGUCAUGCUCUUUUGGGCAACACUUGGAUUAAAUGAAUUGGUGACUUUCACUCUCAGGAUUGUGAUGCCACUUCUUGGAAUCGCUCUCGUUUCAUUAUCUUUGGCUUUUAUGGCUGGUCUAUACACUGUCAUCAGUAAACUUUGUUGGUUGGCCAAUGUGUUUUUGAUUAUGACAGUGAUAUUUAUUAUCAUUGUCGUUUUUCUAUAUACACUCCUUUUCCUUCCAUCAUCAUCAACUAUAAAGCCUUUGAGAUACAUUUCACACUACCCUUUUGUUUUUUUAGCAUCACGUACAAAGAGUAAAAGUGAUCAAGACAUUAAUCCUUGGGGGUAGUAUAGGUUAAUAUUAAUGUAAAUUGUGGCUAAGUAGGGUUUCACCAUGCCGCUUUCUUUAAUAAUACCCACUUAGUUAUAUGCAUGUAUCCUUUGUAAUAUAUAUUGGCAAAUAUGUAUGUUUCUCUUGU